AUGUCCGACGAGUCUCACGAGUCCGAAGACUAUAGCUUUGUUAACACUGAAGACGACGUGGAUGAAUCGUCCGAGACUGACGAUGAUCCAAUGGAGGAUCUUUUUGGAGACAACGCCCUAGAAAACUAUUUUGCUUCUAAGAACUUUAAGGAAAGUGUCGUCAAGCGCCAUAAGGUAAGGAGCAAGGCAGGAGGCGAGACCUCACGGAAGAAAGGCAAGAUUUUACAGAAGCUAAGCGCCCUAGAUGAGUUCCAGGUUAGUAACAUCGGCCGAAGGUUUUCCUCGAUGUUCAUCAAUGAGACACAGCUUGUACAGCAUCUCUUUCUGGAAAUAUGCCGCCAUCUUCCAAACCAUGUGGACCAGGACAGUCUGCUUCACGAGAUCACCGUGGCCGUUCUCUAUGAUAUCUUUGUGCCCUCUGCUUUUGAGGCGUCUUUUCUAGACCGCUCUGUCCUAGGUGAGACGCAACCGUAUGUCCUAGCGAUUAAGCCUUUUGCCCAGUUUGUGGCGAAGUUCGUGGACAGCUGUACUGAUUUUCGCGCUAUACCAACCAUCUCCUUAACCAGAGUCGUGCCUCGUGACAUUGCAGCUGUAGCAGAGCAGAUGAACCAUGUCUUUCACAUUUCCUCUGCUUCUUUCAUUCGAAUUUUGACUACUCUGAAAGGCACAACGCGACACCUAGAGGAGCUCUUGCAUAUAAUAAUUGAAAUUGAAAAUACUAGGACUCUGAAUGCAGAUCUGCAGAACAUGGACUUGUUUGCUAAGCUUAAGUUAGAUAUCCAGGAUGUUAUAGAAGAUAUCGGGACUCUUGCCGUGAAUUCUGAGCAGAUCAUACUCAGUGCAUCUUCGGAGUAUCCCUCAGAUAGUCAUCUUUCCUCAGGCACGUGUGCUGAUGUUGCCAUCAUGCUUGCCAAGAGCCUUCAGGUAGAACAGAAGAUGGAGACAAUCACAUCUAAAUACGAGGUAUUUUUGGCUGCUGACAUGAUCUAUCUCGGCACAGAUAGUGGGAAUCACCUACUGGACCGCUCCUAUGGAGAACGUCAAGACAUCGCUAUUAACGACACACUGAAGCGCGCACAGAAGGACAUAUGUGCUGAGGUAGAAGAGAUCCUUAAUUACAACGUUCGCCUCCUCCAUUCGAUCAAAUUUGUCUUCUUUGCUAUCGAGAAGUUUACCAAGGGGGUAAGCGCAGCCGUUGUUGCUACUGAAGCGAACAUGUAUAGUUCAGCAAUGACGGACCUUGUAGGGUCGGUUGUGCUUGCUACCGACACCCCUACGAUGUUCAGUGACAUGUAUAGGCCAUCCUCAAACGGAGGGAUUAAUAAGCACGCGCUAAUCCCCAAGGACUACGAAGUAACACAUAAGCGUGAGCUGGUGGGCUUUGCAUUUGAUCUGACUGUCUAUCGAAUUCAACAGGCUGCCGCGUCUUUCUUGGUGACGAAGUUGCACAAUGUAUGUGUUAUACAUGAACGACUGUGUAGAAGUACCUCUUCUGAUGUCUCCAUUCGCGAGCAUAUUGGGCCCAUGCUAUUAGAUAAUACUUCUUUCAAAGACGCUACAAUCAGGGACCUACUAUCUGCUACGCUCAACACGCUUGAUGAACUGGACGUCCACGGCCUUAAGACCGCGUCACUCUACAAGAAGGCUGCUGACUACAUGGGUCACCUCUUCAUUCCAGAAACACUGGAGGAGUGGGUAAAGAACAGCACAGACAUUCUGGCUGCAGAUCACAUCGGAAGAUGCAUUAGGAAACUAGCUGGUAUAUGUGCCAGCUUCAAACUUCAAAUACAGCAGGAUGCGCCCAUUGAUUUUGCAUCCAUGGAUACCCUACUUGCUGAUAGUCAUGACAUGAUUGAAUACAUAGGAUUGCUCACCUAUCGUUCGAUCUCUGAACGUAUCCGUGUUCUCAACUAUGUCGUUUCAACCUUCUUGGCACCGUUUUCUUUUAAUAAAUGCUCUCUGCCAAUAUCAGAGACAGCAUCCGCUCUUUUUCACGAGUUUCUAGGAAAGACUCUCCCUAAUACUUCUACUUCUACCGUUGCCGCGUCUUCGUCUGUCAAUGACCUAGUAUAUAAUAUCGUGCUUGCUUCAGCAGCCACAGAGCACAACACCUAUCCAGUACCGUUUUUCAUCUACUACUUUGGCUCCAUCUCAGUGGAUACUUUGCUGGCCAAGUAUAUUGACACCAUGACUGACGAGCUAUUUGCUCGUACUCUCAUGGAGUUCUACCAAAUUAAGGAUAGAGAAGUCACCUUCUAUACGGAUCUCUCUCCAGACGAGCAAGCAAGUAUGAUAGAUGAUGAAAACUACGUCCCGCCAGGACUGGAGAGCUGUUUAGGUUAUACAGAAAGCCCAGAACUGUUUAGAAAGCGGCUUCUGGAUAAAAUCCAAAUUAUCUAUGCGCAGAAGGCGGCCGAGAUGCCCAUCUCCAAGAUCUAUACUAUCUAUAAAAGAGCAAUAGAAGGGGAGCAGCCCGAAGAAUUUCCGCACUUAUAUAAACUGGUCACUCACAGAUCCAGAUACUAUUCGCAAGACGAUGAAUACCUUGGUGUUACCCCAGAAGAGAUGAAGUUUAAAUUCUUCGAAAACGUUAAGGUGUAUUUGCAAAGUUAUCUGGAGUCAAAUCCGAUCGUAGAAUACAUGACAAUGAUGUUCUUGCUCAAGUUCGGGGCUAUCUCAGUCGAGUUGCCGGCAGAUGUCUCUCAGCGCAGAAAUGUCCCAAGUCAAGGGCUUGUGUCAGAAUUUACGGAGGAUCCAGUUGCAUACAAGUCUCUAUUUAGCGAAGCAUCCUAUGUAGUUAAUGUAGAUGAUAUAUUCUCCAGUGUGUGCUACAUCCAUGAAGCACCUCUGUAUUUAUUCAGCAAGUACUACGCACAGGGAUUCAAUCGCGUUGCAUUUAUAUAUAUUAACGAGAUCUAUGAGUGCUCCAAGCGUGCUUCGUCUCACGAGGGUAUUCCUGCCUCAAACAAAGUGACUCCGAGGAUAGAGUUUUCAAUAGCUAAGACGAAGCAUCCUCUAGUUGUGUGCCCUAAGGUUCUCGACGUGUGCAAGUUUGGGGAGCUAAAAGAGGCCGUUUCAGCCUUUAUUUUUCCAUAUGGGUGCUUCUUUGACCAUCUAGACCGGUUGCAUGACUUCUCAUCAUUUGAUAGCCUUCUGGAAUUGACACAACGUAGACUGGAAGAACGGAGUGGUCAUCAGAUCAGUGAUCUGCACGAGAUUGUCGCCGACAAUUUCCAAUGCUGGUACGAUAACUGUAAUACAUUUUUAGACGAUAUUGUGUCAAAGAUUCUUUUCCGAGCCCAGGAGAAUCUCAUAAAGGUCCUACAUAGUCAUGCAAUAGAGGCUCUAGAAACGCAGGCGCUUCACUCGUUGAGCAUCCGCUUUUCCACCCCAGAAUAUAAUCCUCUCCGCUUGCAAAAGCCAACCAUGAGCCAAACAGAUAAGGAGCGACGUGAAAAGCCAAACCUGGUUCCGCUUUAUAAUGAAAAUAAAACUCCGUUUGACAUCGACUCUACACGCAACAAAUCUCCGAGUUUUGUAGGAGCGUGCAAACACUUCCGAAUUAUGAUAUGCAUACCCCAUAGGAUUGUUUCUGUGAACAAGUCAAAGAUAUCUAGAGACGACAAGCACCUGGGUUUAUCCGUAGCAGGAGUUGGACACGACUGCACCACCUUUGUCGUGUUAGACCGCUACGGCCGGUACGUAUCCCACUUGAUUCUUUCACAGUAUCAUGAGCAGCUCCCCAACCCUCUGCGCACUGAAAAAGCGUGCGAGCAGGUCCGGAACGAGUACAGAGCGCUUGUCAGAUCCUUGGAUCCCAUCUUCGCCUCCCUUGUCAGCUGUCCCCGUGAAAAGCUCUUCAAGGUUCUGGAGCCUGCAUUGCAGGUCUACUCUUCUCGCCAAUCAGAGUUUCAACGCAUCCUGGACGAAGCUAGGCUUCACGACUACAUUAUUUCUUCCGGCGUUUGUGCGGUUGGGGUCUUAUCCCGCGGGUUUACUAGUGACUCAACGUAUCGAAACUUGGAGGCCACACUUCAGUAUCUCAACCUUCCACUACCAAAAUACAUUGAGGCAAGUCUUUUAAGAAAAGAGGCGAACGAUGCCUCCGGAUCCAAUUUUCAAGUAGAUCAGUGGAGAAACGUGGAGUUCCCAUGUUUAGAGAAGGCUUUGAUCAGUGGAAAUCCGCUCUUCAUAGAUGAUCUCUUCUUUAAGAGACAGCCAUUAGCUUACAACAUAACAAGAAUCAAUCUCCUACGCAUCCCUGCUGAUGUCCCAAUGUCGUUAUAUAGUAAGAAGUUCCGUAUGAUGCAUGAUCCCAGUUUCAUACUUAGAGGUACGCACAGAGAAGAAGGGGCUCGACUUAGCUUUCAAAGGCAAAGAGACAUAAUGCUGAAUGUUAUUAGCAGCAUGCUUAAGACGUCUACAAAUCUCAUCAUAAGUAGCAGCCCCUUCCAUUGGAAUCUCUAUCCCGUCUCGCAGGCACAUGAUCGGAUUCGCCUCUGUAGACAGAAGCUUUCUCUCACCACUGGUAACGUUAAAAUGUAUAGUGUUGCCACUAGACUUGCGCUUGAUGGUUUGCAGUUGGAUGAGACCGGGGCACGUUUGCAAAAAGAUGCGCUUCCACCAGAGCUUUUUAGGGGUCAGUAUCUCCCUGGAUUGUAUGUGCACCCCAAGGUAGACUACCGGGCAAUAGAGGAUCAUUACCACGGCGAGAGCGUUGUCCUUGGCAUCUGGGCAGGACGCUAUUUGUUGGACCCGCUCGCUGCUUAUGCAUGCCUUGCAAAUGGGGGUGGGUCGAUAGAAGACUUGGUAGCAGCCCCCCUGAUUAAUUUUAUGACCGACUUUGCUCCCUUAACCAAUCUUGAGAGCAGUGAUAAGGUCCGCACGAUCAACGUCUCAUCUGAUUUCCAUGCGAGGUUUAAGCUCUGCUUUUCAUUCAUAGCCCACUAUGCACUCUCACUAGCCAUCUACAGACGCCGUCCAGACAUCAACUUGCCGUUUAUAUCUCCUCACUAUACCCAUCUGAUAGCCUUUCUCCCGUGGCUUUCUGCACGGAAGCUUCUCAGAGUGUACAAGAGAGUUUUCAUAUCUCGUCGCCACGAUAAUUUUCUAGCUUUAAGCAGUGAUAUCGAGAAGUAUGCCAGCGGGCUUGAAAAAGCGCAAGAGUUGCAGGCUUAUAUUGACAAAUUAACAGACCUACAUAAAGCCGAUCUUCCUAGCGACGACUCCACCAAAGACUCCCUCAUGAAGACCAUACAAUCAUUGGAGGAUUACUUUAAUGGGGAUCUCCUCAAGAUGAUUCGCCAGUCAUAUCUGGCUAUUCUGGCAGCUACGUCGUGUAAUAUUCACGGAGAGCGGAUAACCGUCGAAUCUUCUAGCAAGCGGAGAGGUGUACGUGAAAUGGACACAGAACUCUCUGCAGGGAAGAAAGCUAACGAUGAGCAUAGACUAGGGAUGGUUUUCAAAAAUAAGGCGUUUCUAGCUAACAUAAUUGCAGAGCUAAUUCUAGAGGAUUUUGUCAUUACAUAUUGCGUUUCCACUAAGGAGUUUCAAGAUGACGCGUUUAAUCGUUUCAAAAGCAUAGAGGACGAUACCCCGUUUACAUAUCAGGAGGCCGUUCAAAAUAUCGAGCACGUUGCCAAAGGCUUAGUCGGGCUGGCAAGGUCGAGUUGCACGGUCGCGGAUAUCUGCAAUAUACAGCUCAUAAAUCCAGAACUCGCUCUUUACAAGAAGUAUGUGGAUAAACAUGAGAGUAGCCUGCCUUCAGGGUUGACCAGUUCUGUACACCUUGAGGAUAUAGGAUUGGUUAAGGAUCCAUUUGAAAGGCCGCCUUCUGCAGACGCUACUCGGUAUCUUAUAGCAAAUGUCUACUUCACUAAGCUGACACGGAUUUACAUGAAGAAGAGCUUAAUAGAUUUCUUUACCAAUCCAAAGUACACCCCCACGAAUGUCAUGAAAAGAGUCUGCAAAUACAUCGAGUUGGUUAACGUCGCGUUGGCCCACGGGUGUUCGAUCACACAUGACGUGAUAUUGAGCUACCCGGGUGGAGCAUACUCUGCUGCCUACACUGCUGAGAAUCCUAAUAUUGUAACUACACUGCUUCUACGUUGGAUUGGGCCACGAAUUAAAGAUUUUUCAUUUAACAGGUACCGACACGCUAUCGAUCGUACUAUGCUGAUACAAAAUUCGUUGGAGUUGUACUACACCCAGCUUUAUCAUAGUGUCUCCAUCAAUGCAUUUUCUAAUAGUGUGCAGGAUGAGGAGGAUGGCUACACAAAUGAAAGCUUGACGGAAAGGACCCAGCCGCAGACUCUGUACUCAGAUGCCAUCUUCUGGCCUGAAAACCUUACUAACUACCUGAGCAGUUUGGAGCUGAAGGAAUUUAUGGGGCUCACCUAUCAUGACAUGGUGUCUCUAUCUGGUAAAGAGACCCAACUAGUUGCUAGUCUUUUCCUCAAGUUUUGCUUGUUUAAAGGUUCCAAAAAGCUUGAUGAUUUUCUACACAACUUGACCCUCAAGAUGGGUUUGUAUCAGACAGACUAUUGUGCCGCUAGGAACCUUGCACUAAUAUUAACAAGCCUGCUGUUUAAGGCAUCAUGUAGUAGUUUGAUUGCUGACCCUUUAUUUAACAGAGGCACUGAUUUAAGAUCUGCGCUGGACGGUCUUCGUAACGAGUUGCAUAAUAAGGCUGAAGAAAAUCAUCGCCAAUUUUUCAGCUCGAUCAAUCAGCUUGCCUUGGAAGAGGCUCCAAACUGGCUAGGAAGAAUACAGCCAAGCAUAGCAGAGGGCGUGCCACUAAAGGAUCUAAAUCCUCAACCGUCUAGGCUUCUAUUUGCCAAAGAGCUUUACAGGUAUUUAUCUAUAAAGCAGAGUGGGGACAACAAAGCGCUGCAACUGUAUCUUGAGGAGCUCGAUGACUAUAAAAAGAUCUGUACUCUCUACAAAGGAAUGGACCGAGAACUAGACAAACUUGGUGACGAAGAGCCUGUUGAAAACCUAUUGCUGGCUUUUUACAAGGGAUUUAAAGAGACGUAUGUGUCUAGCAUUGGCGACGACUACGUGGAGCACUCCUCUGUCGCAGGAGGGUCGGCAUCCGUUCUUCAGCAGGAGCUGGUAAAGUACUUGGUUGGGCGGCUCAAUCGAACUGCAAGAAGCAGUUCCGGUGAUGAGCUUGGUAGCGGGAAGAAGGACUUCACAGAGGGGUUCAUUUUCCUAUGCUCCCAACUUAUGACAAUAGAUCCUCUUUUGCGGGAUCUUCUGUGCUCUGCCGAGAAUAUUCGGCCCGUUCUCUCCCAAGUACUGGAUGUCAUUACCCAAGCAACGCGCUAUCACCAGCUCCGUUAUCCCACAAUGGAGCUUAUCGAUGCGGGACGGCCGUUCAUUGAGUACAGCAAGGAGAUAAUCUUCAUAUCUUUAUCUGGGGAAUCCAACCCUGCAGUUUUUUCGCGGUAUAGGGCAUUCAAGGUGUUCUGUCCUGCAGCUCAGUGGAUUACCAACUCUGUGAUGAAGCGGGUGCGCGUGAGCCGUUACGAAGGUCUUACAGGCCAGGUUUCCUUGCUGUCUGAUCUUUCCACACUGGAAACUGAGGGUGCCAUCGAAACAGAGUUUGAUGCUUACCUUUUUGGCAUAGAUCUUCAUCAAAAUGUCCUUUCCCUUGUGGUCACGCUCUCCCGUGACGAAGACGCAGCGUUUGACAGGCAGGUCAAGGUAGUGGACUGUCUUCCUCAGCUUCACAUGAAUAAGCUACAGCUUCGUCUUCUGGAUGCAAUUUUGAGUACAGAACAAUGCUAUAGGUACAGCAAGCUAAGCACCUCUAUAACCAAUACGUACUUUAAUAGAAUCGACAAGAUGCCAAAGAAAUUCGCCUCAUUUUUGGAGAAACCCGUCUCCAUCAGCGAGGCACUAAUGCAUCUCCUCAGAGCACUGUCAGACGUAGGCAUAUCUGAUCCUGGCGAAACGAGGCAAACCCAGUGUAGAACGUUCACUAGGCUUGCUCUGUACACUCUUCUAUCCGGGUCGUCCGGGACCAUUAUUGGGAGCUUGUAUCGGGACCUUUUGAACAAGGCCCUGCAGACGCAGCUGAAUGAGCUAUUUGGCGACAGAGGCUUUUUCAGUAACGCGUUUAGGAUUGAUGAGCUAUUCGCUAACUAUCUGAGUUACUUCUUGAACAAUAUCGGCACUAUCGAGGACCGACAUCCGCAGCUCCGGACUGAGCUGGCAUCUAUUUUGGCAGAGUACAGUGACAUUUCUGACCCACUAGAAAGGGCUGACCAAGUGUUCUUAGACAGGCUAACGGUGGAGACACACAUGCCUCUUGUCUUUCUCUGCAGGGAGGCCCACUGGAACUACUUCACUUACAUUCCUGUCCUUCUUUUUAUUGGCUCCCAGCGAUACGCAGACCAUCUUCACCGACAGCAGCAGGACCUCCGCCCAAGCAUCGUUCGCAGAGAGAUCAGCGACCCUUAUUUCAGGAAUAUCUUUGGGAGCAAGAUAUAUGAGUAUCUGAACGCUCAACGAGAGGUGGACGAGCGACCAUUCAUUUUUGUACCGCACAGAAACGGGCCCAACAAGCUGCGCUUAGUGAUGUGUGUCCCCGAGGCUCAGCAGACCACAAGGUCGCUAAUGUACUUCACUAUUCAGGAGGAUGAGCGCUACAAACCUCUCCUUCCAAACGGGCAACGCAACUCUCUGGCAGUGAGCAAGAAACUGGUGAUCAGGCAGCUGGUCUUACCCGACGAGGCCCUUUCCUUUCCCAACGAGCGUGUUUUUGACUCUUUGGAGAGCAUCAUACGAGACUUUGUCCGACCGAUUAAUAACUUUCUGCGCUCCAUCGCGCGAAGCAGCUACUUUGUGAGCGGAAAAGACGAGGAGGGCGAGCCUGCAAAGGAGCAAGCCAAACAGACGCUUCUUCAAUCAUCAAAACCUGGCUACCGCGUCUUUAUUGAGAAACUGAGCAACCAUUCCUAUACCGUCCUCUUCAAGCUCCUCCCAACUGGCCCUGUCCGAGAGCUCCGCCUUUAUAUUGUUGUCGAUGGAGUCGUCAUUCGCUACCGUAGAAGUUACUACUACACUGAGUGUCAUGAAUGGGCAGAUUUCAUUGAAUGGUUCAACAAAAAUGCCGCUUUACUCAGAUGA